GAAUAACAUGUGGUAUACUAUACUAUACAUUUUUCAACAAGUCAAAUUCUAAAGUGAUGUUAUAACUGACAUCAAAACUAUUAACGACCAUGCCAAAUAAAAUGCGUCACUAGAUAGUGCAAUUUAAACAAACAUCAAUUUCUACCAUUAUAUACUAUAUAGUUUAACUCAAUUCACAAUCACAUUCACAUUCACAUUCAUUAGAACAUUAUCAUGGGAAACCAAAUCUCAUUUCGACCUUCAGAUUCAAGAGGUAAAGUUGUUUUCUUAGAUGGUUCGGUUCAUGAGUUUGACGAACAGAUAACCGCGGCCGAGCUAAUGAUGGAUCAUCCACAGAAAGUAGUAGUUGAGUUUCAUUCAGCUGUGAAUCAGAAGAGGCCAGCACCAUUGCCUGCUGACAAGAAGCUAGAGAUGAAUAAGAUAUAUCUGAUGCUUCCGGUGAAGCAAGGGAAGGCUGUUGGUUUGAGCGGCGAAGAAACUCGGCGUGUUUUGUUGAUGGUUAAUUCUGUUUUGCAUUCUAAUUAUGUUUUGUGUUCUUCUAAGUUUCUUCCUUGGUUUAGUAGUUUUUGUCAUAGUAGUGAAAUUGUGGAGCCAAGGAGAAAGGAGGAGGUGGAGGAGGAGGAGAAGGGAGUGAGAUGCGGUUUUUCGGAGAAUUUGCCGGAAAUAUUGGAAGGGAGGCCGGAUUAUUUGAAUAGGCAGAUUUCAGGGAAAGGGUGGAAGCCUAGUUUGGAUACUAUUAAGGAGAAGAGUAUUGAGAAAAAACAUAGUCAUUGGUUGUUUCUCAAGAGUUUUUAGAGAUGGUUUAUUUUAGUUUUUGGUUAGUAAUAGUGAAAAUGUUGUGGAUUUAUGUGGAGUAUUAUUAUGUGGAAAGAUUAUGUUAAUGUGUAUGUCUCUUUGUUUAGUUGUAUGUGUAUCUUAGGUGUAAUUUAGGUUCUUAAUUUGAAUAUUAACUUCUGUAAAUUAAACUAAAAUGUCCAAGUGAAACUCU